AUGUCAGAUGCACUGUUAAAAACCCCAAUAAGGCAGCCUGGAUUUCCUGAUACCCCACCAAUGACAGUCAGGUCACAUGAUGCCCAUUCCAACCAAUCUCGUAAGGUCCUUGUCUUUGCGUAUUUCCGGUCUGGAUCAACCUUCACGAGUGCAACUCUAAGUCGCCUUAAUGGCUCUUUCUUCGCCUUCGAACCUUUGCACGUGUUGUACGAAUUUCUGAUGGAGACUCAUAGAGUGUUGGAUUUCAUGAACGGAAAAAUACAACCACCAUUGGUGCAGGGAUUUGAGGGUGCAUACAAAGUCAGUUUGAUCCAGGCCUUACUCACGUGUGACCUCUACAAUGUGGAUAUCUCUACUUUGUUGCUGGGUUUUUUACCAAAGUUCUCUUGGCAAAUCCAGCAUUUCCAAGAAUGUAUCAGAAAUGCGCCAGGGUCACGGGACAGCAAAUACUCAUCCUCUUGUGUGGACAGUCUGAAGCAAAUGUGCAUAUCGGCACCAGUGCGCAUCGUAAAGACGAUUCGUUUGUCCAUGGAGACGGUCGGGAGAAUGCUGGAUGACAUUCCAGACUUGAAGGUGAUACACUUGAUUCGAGAUCCGCGGGGACAGUUUGGAUCAGGGGCGCGCCAUUCCAAGAGAAACGUACAACUUUUCCAACAUAAAGUUUGCAACAAGGUUACCAACGAUGUUAAAACUCGUCUGGAACUGGAACAAAGACACCCAAAUUCUUUCCUUGAAGUGAUCUAUGAAGAUCUGGCUCAUAAUCCUCAGCAUACUGUUCAGAAGAUGUAUGACUUCCUGGGUCUGACCUUGCCACCGUACGUCAUUCAGUGGAUAAAAGAAUCCACAUCGGCAGAGACCGAUGAUAACGGUUAUCUGGCGACAAAAAGGUCCAACUCAACUGAAGCGGCCUACCGAUGGUUGAGCUAUGUCCCAUGGAAUUAUGUCGUCUUCUUCCAGACUAGGUGUACCUGGUUACUAAAGCACGGGAACUUUCCCUUUUUUGAGAAAAAGGAAGACAUGAAACAGUUUGUCAUUCCAUGCCGGCCAUUAGUGAGAUGA